AUGUGCUGGCACCCGUGGCAACCAGGGAGGGCGGGGGAGAGUGGGGUUGGGGAGUCGGGGGAGAGUGGCGGGGAGUUGGGGGAGAGUGGGGUGGGGGAGUCGGGGGAGAGUGGCGGGGAGUUGGGGGAGAGUGGGGUGGGGGAGUCGGGGGAGAGUGGGGGGGGAGUUGGGGGAGAGUGGGGUGGGGGAGUUGGGGGAGAGUGGCGGGGAGUUGGGGGAGAGUGGGGUGGGGGAGUUGGGGGAGAGUGGCGGGGAGUUGGGGGAGAGUGGGGUGGGGGAGUCGGGGAGAGUGGCGGGGAGUUGGGGGAGAGUGGGGUGGGGGAGUCGGGGGAGAGUGGGGUGGGUGUGGAUCAGCAGCAUGGAGGGGAUUAUGAGGACCAGGUUUGCAAGUUCUUCAAGGCGCUGAGAGAUUGUGGCAUUGAACCUUAUGUGAUUAUAGACGGAGGCUCCGACCCCACCGACAAAAAGUUUGAAACUCUCAGAAAACGAGCUGAAUCAAAGAUCAACACAGCCAACAUGUUGUCCAAGGGGCUUCGAGGGGCCAUGUUAAUACCAACCCUUGCCAGACAAGUCUUUAAAGAGGUCCUUUCCAGCUUAGGGGUCCCGUUCGCACAGGCCCUUUCUGAGGCAGACCAAGAAAUAGCCUCACUGGCUCAAAAGUGGAACUGUCCGGUCCUGUCCAAUGACAAUGACUUUUAUAUUUUUGACAUCCAAGCUGGAUUUCUGCUCCUGUCCCAUUUUCAGUGGCAGAACGCGUCAGUGCAAAAUGACAUCCCCUGCAAGCUGUACACCACAACAAGCUUCUGCAGACACUUCAACAUCAACACACAGCUUCUCCCAGUCUUCGCUGCCAUCGCAGGAAACGACUAUGUCAACUUGUAUAAUAUGGGCUUUCCCAUCAGGUGGAAAGACAACUCGCCAAUGGAACCCAAUCGAAAUCCAAGGGUUGUCUUUUUAAACAAGUUGCUGAAAUGGCUGGCCAGUUUCCAGGAGAAGCAGGAGGCCUUGGACAAUGUGCACCUCCUCAUUGGUCAUGGGGAAAACAACAUGGAUGCUGCCCUCCAGGCCCUCUCUCAGGGCAUAGAAACAUACCAGAUUCAACCCGAAUGCCUGGAGCGUUUCUUCAAUGAUGGCGAGGCUCCUGAUCCCGGCCUUCUCCCAGACCAUCUGAGUGUCCUUCCAGACUGGACCCUGCUGCCGUUGACAAAGGGGACACUUCCCCCCUACAUGAUAUACAUUCUGCAGCGGAGGCCAGUGAUACAAGGUAUCCAAGUGGAAGAUCACAGCUUACCCAGUGGGAACAUCACCUCUCGGCCCAUACGGCAGGUAUUCUACGGGCUGCUGCUGGGUGAAGGGGGGGAAGUGGAGGAGUAUGACAGGGAAGGGAAGAACCUGACCAGGUUAAAGGUUAAAGCCAUCCUGCCCAGUGCUGCCAAACAGCUGCAGCUGGCCACACUGGAUAAGACUCCAUAUUUUGAGCGUCUUGAGGUAUUUUUGGAGACCGUUGGUGUGUCCCAGUCCACUUUGAAUGGUGUCCCACCUCAUCUGGGACUUCCUGUGGCUGUUACCUACUACUGGCUGAGGCACGCCCGUCAACGACCAGACCUUCCUCUCCUGCAGGCCCUGGUACUAGGACUUAUGUUCGGAGAGCUCUGCAGACAGAGGAAGAGCCAGAGAGGGUUUAUAGAGGAGGAACCAGUGUUGGAGAGGAUGAGAGGGCUGAUUCAGAGACCUGCUAUGAGUCCAGACCUGGGUGUGGCCCACGUCUUUAGCCAAUGGAAUCGUUGCAUGAGGGAUGGCCUUGACCUGAACCAACUGCUGUGUCUCCCUCUACCUGAGCCUCAGUGUGCCUGGCUGUACAAGGGAACUCUGGUGCACCAGCUUGUGGGCCAACUGAGAGAGGGGGUGACCCCGGAUUCUCUCCUGAUGGAAGACCCUUCCUCUGUGCAGCUGUACAGAGCCAUGCUGGAAGCCAUACUCAACUCCCAGUAAGCUGAGACCACUGGACAACCUGACGGCCCCUCUGCAGAUUCUGUCGAUGGAGGAAGAAGAAGAUGUUGGUGAUGAUGAUGAUGGUGCUGGAGGAGGUUGUACUGAAGUCCCAAUGUCCCACUGCAAGAGGAAGGAAAGAUUUAACAAAGCUCUGUCAAGUUGUAAAUAUCGGGACCACUAUAUACAGACCACUAUACAACUGUUGAGUUAUAGAUAUAGGGACCACUAUAUAGGGACCACUAUAUAGGACCACUAUAUAGGACCACUAUAUAGGACCACUAUAUAUAGGACCACUAUAUAGGACCACUAUACAACUGUUGAGUUAUAGAUAUAGGGACCACUAUAUAGGACCACUAUAUAGGACCACUAUAUAGGACCACUAUAUAGGACCACUAUACAACUGCUGAGUUAUAGAUAUA